GGUUGAGGAAAUAAAAGGGGCGGGCACUGAGCCCGAGAGCACGAGCAAUCGCAGGCACCAGUCGAAGGCAUGAGGUGGAUUGCUCUUGGACUUCUACUCUCGCUUGUACUCACUUCGAUCGCUUCACCAAUACACAGUAUCUGGAAUAAUUUGCCUGCACCCCCGUCAAAACGCUACUACGGUCUCUAUCAUAAUUUGCCAAGUAUGGACAACGAUCGAGAUAAACGCUACGGUAUUCUGUACUGGACACCACUUGACGAAUAGACACAAUCCUGUGCCAUCGCCUUGAAAUUCAUAAAUAGAUAGUUCUGCACCAAAAUGAUGUGAUGAAAUGCCAUACUAUGAAUGUUGAUUGAACUGGUC